AUGUCAAAAGUAGCGACUGCUCAGCUAGUAAAGAUAGUAGUACCAGCUGGGCUUGCUAAACCUACACCUCCAGUUGGUCCAGCAUUAGGUGCGAGGGGUGUGAAAGCUAUGGAUUUUUGUAAGGAGUUCAACGCCCGUACAGCUAAUUACGUCCAAUCCAUCCCUAUACCCACACUCAUAACGAUCUCCCCCGAUCGUACAUUCACUUUCACAACACGUACACCGCCGGUAUCGUAUCUUAUCAAGAAGACUUUAGGUCUUGAGAAAGGAUCAGGGGAAGCUAUGGGUAAACCUACAGGAUCGAAGUUGUCUUUGAAACAUGUGUACGAGAUAGCGAAGGUGAAAGCUCUCGAUGAGGAUUUGGCGGCGGUGGGGUUGGAGAGGAUAGCAAAAGGUGUAUUAGGGACGGCGAGGAGUCUGGGUGUCGAGGUGGUGCCGUAG